AUGUUACCAAAGAUUACUCAAAUAGAUGAUUGCGGAGACUAUGAGGCUGAGCUUGCUGUUGUCAUUGGCAAAACUGCCAAAAACGUUUCCAAGGACGACGCGAUGAACUAUGUUCUUGGAUACACGGCUUGCAACGAUGUUUCUAGUAGAGCGAGCCAAUUCGCACAGUCCCAGUGGUCAUUUUCCAAAAGCUUCGAUGGCUCAUGCCCCUUGGGUCCAGCGCUAGUGUCGCCGUCUGUCAUUUCAGAUCCUUGUACUCUUCGACUGCGCGGUGUGAAGAAUCAGGAAUUACUGCAAGAUUGUGGCAUAGACGACCUUAUUUUCAGUGUAGCGGAGCUUAUUAGCUUCUUGUCCCAGGGUACUACACUCCCUGUCGGUACGGUUAUUAUAACUGGUACUCCGGCAGGAGUUGGUGUUAGUCGAAACCCGAAGGUAACCCUGGCUCACGGCGAUGAGUUUUGGGUGGAAAUUAUGCCUCACAUAGGUACCUUGGUGAACGUGUUCCAGAAUGAGAUGUAG